GCGCUGUCGACGAUUCCCGCCAUAUUUGUUUUCGAAGUGCGUUGGUCAGCUAUUUUACAUGUCAUUUUUUCACCGAUAAACGAAUAUGGCAGAAGCUUUAGAAUUUAAUGAUAUCGCACAAGAAAUUAAAGGCACCAUGAAUGGUGGUCGUCUUAAACUAUCCAAACAAGGUGUUGUUUUUAAGAACAAGAAGACUGGUGUUGUAGAACAAGUGCAAGCAACUGACAUGGAAAAAACAAAAUGGCUGAGAGCUGCAAGGGGGCAUGAAUUGAAAUUAGUAAUGAAGAAUGGAUCCAUAUUUAGAUAUGAUGGAUUCAAGGAAGGGGAUUAUGAGAGACUAUCUGAUUACAUUAGAAAAAACUAUGACUUGUCCUUGGAUGAAGUAGAGUUAUCAUUGAAAGGAUGGAACUGGGGUACAACUCAAUUUAGAGGCUCAGAGAUGUCUUUUGAAGUUGAUAACAAGGCAGCAUUCCAUAUUCCAUUGAAUAAUGUAUCCCACAGUACUACAACUAAAAAUGAAGUGACUGUAGAAUUUCAUCAAAAUGAUGAUGCUGAUGUGUCUCUCAUGGAAAUGAGAUUCUUUCUACCCACCACAGAUCCAGAUGUAGACCCGGUCGAGGAUUUUCAUCAAAAAGUUUUGGCGAAAGCCGACAUCAUCCAAGCGACUGGUGAUGCAAUUGCGACCUUCACAGAGAUACCCUGUCUUACACCCAGAGGUCGAUAUGAUAUUAAAAUUUAUCCUAACAUUCCUACAACUUCAUGGUAAAACAUUUGACUACAAAAUACCAUAUACUA